AUGACGGACAAGGAGGCUACAGUCUACGUUGUUGAUCUUGGGAGGUCCAUGGGAGAAAAACGCCAUGGACGGACCAUUACCGAUCUCGAUUGGGCUAUGCAGUAUGUCUGGGACAGGAUAACCAACACUGUUAUGAGAGGCCGCAAAACCGAUUUGGCUGGCUUUAUCGCCAUGCGCACUGAUGAUACCAUGAACGAUUACCAGGAGCAUGAUGAUAGCUUUUCCAAUAUCUCUGUUCUCUCAGGUCUGAAACAAAUACUCACACCCGAUAUCCGAAAGCUACAAGAGGCAAUCAAGCCUAGUCGUACUUACAAGGGAGAUGUUAUCUCUGGUCUGGUGCUCGCAAUUCAGAUGAUCACUGCUCAAUGCAAGAAGCUCAAAUACAAGAGAGAAAUUGUACUGGUAACCAAUGGCACUGGUUUGAUUAACAGUGAAGGCUUGGAUCAAAUCAAAGACAAGAUUGAGGAAGAUAGUAUUACAUUGAAAAUCUUGGGACCCGACUUCGACGAUCCCGAAUCAGGCGUUAAGGAAGAAGAUAAAGACGAACGAAAGGCUCAAAACGAAACUCUCUUUCGUGAUUUCAUUGCAACUCUACCCGAAGGCAGUCUUUUCGGAACUCUUGAAUCUGCCAUAUCUGAGUUAGAUAUCCCUCGAAUCAAAGAGGUCAAGCACAUGGCCUCCUUCAAAGGAUUCCUCUCCCUCGGCAAUGCCGGGGAAUAUGAAACAGCCCUCCGCAUCCCCAUAGAACGCUACGCCAAAACCAUGGUUGCCAAGCCCCCGACUGCGAGCUCUUACGUUCUCCGAUCUGGUAACGAGCCAGGCGAAGAGACAGAUCCCGCUACAAGUCAAGCACCAGUUGAAGGAGGCUCACUUGUUACCAUACGAACCUCCCGAACCUAUCAGGUUGCUGACGAGUCAGCCCCAGGAGGCAAGGCUGACGUUGAGCGCGACCAGCUUGCAAAGGGAUACGAGUAUGGGCGGACAGUCGUGCCUAUCACCGAUAUGGACGAGAACAUCACUAUGCUAACCACUUUCGCCGGCAUGGAAAUCAUUGGUUUCGUUGCAGAUGACAAGUACGGCCGAUACAUGCAGAUGGGCAAUGUCAACAUGCUCGUCGCAUCCAAGGGAAAUCAAAAAGCCUCUCUUGCCCUGUCCUCGCUCAUUCAUGCACUCUUUGAGGCUGAGAACUAUGCAGUUGCCCGACUGGUAACCAAGGAGUCCAAGCCACCCAUGCUUGUCCUCCUAGCACCAUGUCUGGAAUCGGAUUUUGAAGGUCUCCUGGAAAUUCAGCUUCCAUUUGCAGAGGAUCUGCGCGCAUAUCAAUUUCCGCCCCUGGACAAGGUCAUGACUGUGUCUGGCAAGAUUGUUAAUGAACACCGCAACCUCCCAAAUGAUGCUUUGCAAGAUGCCAUGGACCAGUAUGUUGAUAGCAUGGAGCUAGAUUUGAAGGACGAUGAUGGACAUGUCAUCAAUGAAGUACCUAUCGACUACUCCUACUCUCCUUUGCUACACCGUCUUCAGUCAGCUGUGCGAUGGAGAGCCAUCAACCCCAACGGAGCUAUCGAAGAACCAUCAGCAACACUGACGAAGUUUUCCCAUCCCGACGAAGAGUUGGUGAAGAAGUCGCAGGCUCAGUUGGAGAAGCUCAUCACUGCGGCAGAUGUGAAGAAAGGCCGUAAACGCAAUCGCGAAACUGAGAAGCCUCUCUCUGGCCUGGAUGUGGACGCUCUUCUCAAUCUAGAACCGAAACGGGCCAAAAUCUCAGCAGAGAAUGCGAUUCCAGAGUUCAAGCAACUGGUUUCCCGUGCUGACACCGUUGAAAGUAUUCAUGAUGCUGUUAAGCAAAUGGUUCAUAUCAUUGAAGAGCAGAUCAAAUACAGUCUGGGUGAUAGCAACUAUGAGCGUGUUGUUGAAGGUCUGGGCACAGUUCGUGAGGAGUUGGUGGAGUACGAGGAGCCUGGAAUUUACAAUGAUCUACUUCCGGCUCUGAAGAACAAGAUUUUCAAUGAAAGUCUCGGUGGAGAUCGUAAGGAGCUAUGGUGGCUUAUUCGAAAGGGUAAGCUGGGACUUAUUGGCCAGAAUGAAUCGGAGAGCUCGACUGUUUCCGAAGAAGAGGCAACCAAGUUCCUGGCUGCCGUUUGA